AUGCAUCUCCGACAGAUACAUCCGAGAUGUGGAAACUGCGUGAAGAACAACACCGAAUGUAUAUAUAAUGUGCCAUCCCAAAAAGAGGACGAUGGGCGUGAUGGCUCUUCCCAUAACGCGCACGGUGUUAAACGAAGGCGAGAGAUGUCCCGGACCUUGGAGGAGGAUGUCGACGAGCUCCGGUCACUUUAUGGGCAUUUAAGGCGGGCACAGACGACAGGCGAAAAGCCCGACCCAAGCGCCAUUGAAUUGCGACUUGACAAGCUUAUGUUAAUGAUUGAGCGCCUCGGAGAGAGCGGUCAAACAUUUGAGGACGUGAGGAUGCAGGCAACGGCCCAGGAUGUGAAAGUGGACCCCACCCAGUUGGAUGACCCACGGGCGAGCAAUGAUCUGAACGGCAAUAAAACACCAUCAAGAUCUACCAGCCCACAUGUCUUUGCUGCAGAGUCAAGCAGUGAUGAAUUUCCAAUCCCAUCCGGUCAGGCCACCGACCUAGUAGACCCGGUUGGCAGUCUGAACCUGGGACAUUUGAGCCUAGAGGACGGUGGAAGGUCAAGAUAUGUUGGCACCACGUACUGGGCUUAUAUCUCUGGUGAAAUCAAUGAGCUCAAUAAAUUGCUGAGAGAUCAAAAUAGCUCACACGAUCAGUCUACUCCUGUAAAGAAUAAUGAAUACAUAACAGAUUCGCAUGCCGAUGGUCGACAGUCCUGGAGAGAGUCAACAGGCAGCUCGACACCUUUAAUCGCGCCUAGGUCUCGUUCCUUCCAUCAAUCUAUACUCUUCCCUUCGGGUGACUCUCCUUCAAUCAAUGAAAAUGUGGUAAAGCCAGAAAUGCUUGACCACAUUCCAACCAGACGGCAAAGUCAUAUUCUUUACAAAGGAUUCAUUUCCGGUAUACACGCCAUCAGUCCUGUCAUUCAUCCACCAUCUAUCCUCAAGCUUUACAGGGCCUUCUGGGAUUGGUAUGACUACAGCAGCUAUUCGGGAGAGUCGUGCCCAAAUCCCUCAUUUCUUCCUUUGUUGUACGCUAUAUGGUAUGGCGGCUCGGUGACCAUUUCGAUGCGAGUAAUCGAAGCUGAAUUCAAUGCAUCCUCUCGGUCGGCUCUUUUGACAAUCUACAAUGAGGAAGUUACCAGAUGGCUGACGAAUAUCAAAUUCCCGCGCAGUCCUUCACUUCAAGGCCUCGCUGCCUACCUUAUCGUGCAGACAAUUGUCACGAAGGAGGAAGAGCCUUUGACCACUAGUCUCUUUGUCAGUCUCGCGAUGAGGGUUGCGCAAACCAUGGGCUUGCACCGGGAUCCAGCUAAGUUUGGCAUAGAGCCAUGUGAAGCUGAGUAUCGACGCCGUUUAUGGUGGCACAUUAUGCAUAUGGACGGUGUCGUUGCAAUGUCAAGUGGUCUGCCCCCACUUGUCAAUGACGAGAAUUAUUGUGAUGUGUGCGAGACGAGUGAACUGAAAGAUACGAUGCUAGGUACCCCCGCUGCAGAGUCCUACAUGGAACAGGUUGCUUCGCGGGAGCGGCUGCCUGAUAAUCCUGAUGAUCCCGCUAUAUGCGGCGGGCCAUCAAUGGUCAACGUCUACUACCUCACCGCAAGGGGGAAAUAUAUCAUGGCUCGCGCUGUCCGCCGAAUCUUGAAAAUCCAGCUUGGAAUAACGCCCCUCACCAGGCAGGACAUGGAGGAUCUCCGGUCCAUACUUCUUGACUUGCAGCUGAAACUGAAUUCCAUCAUCCGCCGGAUUCCAGUGGGGAAUGACGUUGAUAAAUUGGCAAUGACAGACCAAGCGGAUUCCAUGUUUAAAUCUCCCGUGGGCCACUCUUCCAACGCAAAGCUUCCAGGCGAAGGUCCCACCGGAUGCCCAGAACACUAUCACUCACCGGUUCUUGUCUUUUUCCACAAAUGGGCGAAGAUCAUCCUUUCCUUGUAUAUUGACAAGGUGCGCCUUCUUGAUCAUUACUGGUUUCACACUCAACUGACCUUCCUUAUGGGCUUUCUGCGUGGCCUACCAGCCUUUUCUGAAGAACGCUCGCAGCCGGAUUUGGCCAGCGGCACGCCAGAGGUUUGCACACACCUUCAAAAAAUGGGUACACGUACUGAUAUUGAUAGUGCCCUUCGGCACUGCCACGGUUUCAUGGAAAAGUUCAUCCAACUCGCAACGGAUCCUGAUUUCCAGCCCUUUCACUGGAGCUGGCCUGGGAUCAUGCUUAUUGACCUAUAUGAGCGACCUUACAGCCCUGAAGCAUCCAGGUCCCGCGCGUUCAUCGAUAGCAUACUCGCACUUUCUGGCCCGGAUGGAGGCGUCGUGGGUGGUGAAGACGGUGUCUCAACACAACGGCCAUUGAAGGACGGUGGCCGCGAAGCCUGGGAUAUGAUUCGCCGUCUUCGCCAGAAGGCUUGGCAAAAGGCUGGCCUCAAUCCGCGAAUGCUCUGGACCGAAAAAGACCAGAUCCAGGCUGGGGUCGCUUCAUCAAUUGACUCUCGCGGGGAUUCUGACUCUCCUUGCUCAGAUCCCUCUCACGCCGGAUCUCCAGAUUCAGCAUCACCCAGUCAUCCCUCAACACACAACCCCCCCCGCUUCCACACGUUCUCGAAUCCUGUUACUCCGAUUGCUACUAAAAGCCGUUUGCAACACCAAUGCCAACCGCAGGAUAAACCCUUACAUCCAGUUUCACAUUCCCAAUUCCAUCUCACCCCAGCCGGUUAUCCCAUACCUCCCGGCACUAGUGCCUCCUCGCCCAAUACGGACCCCACAUUUGGUGCACCUCCGCCUACACAAUCUUCUGCAUCCACUCCUCCCGCCUCACAUGCUCAGUAUUCAGAUUCUGACAUUGCUGCUUCUGUUGGAAUGCCCUUCAUGGACCCUGCGCCUUUUCAUGUUUUGCCUACAGGAGUUCCCACACCGCCAUCGAUAGUCGACCCCAAUUUCAACUUCGACUGGGACCAGUGGGAUGCUGUGUUCGGUCAACAUCUUCCUGUUGCAGAUGAUCUGAUGGAAUUGGACCCCGUUUCGGGUCUUGAUUUGACCCAUACCAGAAUUGCCUCAACGUUAAAUGGCUUCAGUUCUAUCGACACGUCUACUUCCUAUGUCAAUGGUAUUCCACUUCCAACCUCCUCUCCAGAGGAGAGUUUCGCGUCGUGGAAUGAGAACGAUGGAGCUGAUGGACUGGGAUAUUCCAAAUGCCCUUAG